AGUCAUGAACAUCAUCAUCACCACGAACCAGGAAUGCCGUUCGAUUUCAAUUACGCAGUCAAGGAACCGCAAUUCGGAAACGACUAUUCCCACAAUGCUGUGAGCGACGGAGACGUGACGAAAGGCGAAUACAGGAUUCAAUUACCCGACGGAAGGACUCAGAUUGUCAAGUACACAGCCGACUGGAAGAGCGGAUUCCACGCUCAGGUGAAAUACGAAGGUACACCCAAUUACACUCCUGGACGCCCAACCGGACCAGCCAGACCCGCUCCAAGUUACCCAGCACCGUCGAGGCCAUCUCCAAGUUAUCCAGCACCUUCUAGACCAUCUCCUAGUUAUCCAGCACCGUCAAGACCAUCUCCUAGUUACCCAGCACCGUCAAGACCAGUACCUUCUAGACCAUCUCCAAGUUACCCAGCACCGUCGAGACCAUCCCCUAGCUUCCCCAGUGUUCCAUCGAAGCCCUCUUUCCCGAGCGGUCCAUCUCCAGGCUAUCCAUCGUUCCCAAGCGGACCAUCGAAACCUUCUUUCCCAUCGAGACCGAGCGGACCAUCGCAGAACCAAAUCCCAGGCCAAAAGUACGCUCCGAACGGUGGAUACAAGUAUUAAUUAAUGUACAUAGCUGCAAAAAAAAAACAACAACACUCUGCCCUCAU